AUAACUGUGUCCCAACAGAUUCUGUUAAUGUGCCGUAUAUUUUAAUCGGAGACGAAUCGACUAUUACUCUCUGGCGGGAAAGAGUGGGAUACGGAUAGGCCGGGGUAAGGACCAAGGAAUUGUGAGAACGGAGCAGUUUGGAAUGUCAACUAUGUAGAUGAACAAGUAUUAUAGACGACGGCAUUGCUUAAGAAGAGGGAGAAUAUGUUGAGAACGCAUCGUGUAUUUGCUGACACUAAAAUUUCGAUAGUUGUACCAGAAUACUCUUGUUGCACCAUUUUAGCGCGGAAUACAGUUUGUGAAUUAAAUCAGCUUCAAUUCUCUGAAAAUAAUAUAAUAAAAAGUUGAGAAGUGCUUACAAGUGGUAUUGAUACAUUUCAAUCAUGCCAGAAGUGAUCAUUAGAGGUAUUCCUAUCAAUUUUCCAUUUGAACCUUACAAUGUGCAAAUUGCAUAUAUGGAGAAAGUGAUCAGCUGUUUAGAGGCAGGUGGAAAUGGAGUUCUUGAAUCCCCUACUGGGACUGGUAAAACUCUUAGUUUGCUCUGUGCUUCUUGUGCUUGGCUAACUCACAGAAAAGCUCAAAUGCAAGCUCAGUUACUUUCAAAAGUAUCUGACAUAGGUUGUAGUGAAACACUUAAAGAAUUAAAUUCAACCCUGGCAGGAAAUAAUGGUGACAAACUUGAAGGAAUGGGUCUUGCUCAAAAUCAACUUAGUCUUUUAUUUCGUGCUCCAAAGAUAAUUUAUGCAUCUCGCACACAUUCUCAACUUACUCAAGCAGUUCAAGAAUUGAAAAGAACUUCAUACAAAUAUAUGAAAGUAUCUGUUCUUGGGUCACGAGAUCAAAUGUGUAUCCAUCCAGAAGUGUCAAAAGAAGAAAGCAAUGCAAUGAAGACUGUUUUAUGCAGAGUAAAAACAAAAUCAAAAACAUGCCAUUUUCACAAUAAUGUUGAUAAGAAGAAAGAAGAAGUCCUAGGGAUUCAAGAUAUCAUUGACAUUGAAGACUUGGUGAAAUUAGGCCGCAAACUGCAAUAUUGUCCGUAUUAUAUGUCCAGGGAAUUCAAUACUGCAGCUGAUAUAACUUUCAUGCCAUACAACUAUUUGCUGGAUCCAAAAACCAGAAAAAAUUUAGGUCUUGAACUUGCUAAUUCCGUUAUUAUUUUGGAUGAAGCACACAAUAUUGAGAAAGUUUGUGAAGAGUCGGUGUCACACUCUCUUAGUAAUACUGAUAUUGCAAUGUGUAUUGAGGAAAUAUCCCAGGUUAUGAAGAAUUUAGUUGAAAGGCAAGAAAGUGGAUUUAGUUUAAUUGAUGAUGAAUCACAACCUCCUGAUUUCACUGCAGAUGACCUGACUUUGCUUAAAAUACUGUUUUUAGAACUUGAAAAAGCAGUUGAUGACUUGCCUCCUGGAUCAACAUAUCCUGGAAACUUUAUGUUUGAAUUAUUGCAGAAGGCAGAUUUGACACCUGGAAAAAGAAAUUUAGUUAUUGAGGCUUUGAACAAGAUUGUUACUUAUUUGUCCACAACUGGCUCCUCCCCAUUUCAACGUAAAGGUUCAGCAUUGCAAAAGUUCACUGAUUUAAUGUCACUUGUCUUCCGAUAUGAACAAGAUUGCCCUUCUUAUACAGAGCAGCUGAAAAUCUCCUAUAAGGUUCAUGUUAGCAUGGAUGAAGAUAAUAAAAAGAAGGCGAACUCUUGGUCAGUAUCAAGAGCUCCCCAAGGAAAAAUCGUCAACUUCUGGUGUUUCAGCCCUCAAUUUGGAAUAGGUCACCUUGUAGCAGAAGAUAUUCAUUGCUUAAUUUUAACCAGUGGAACAUUAUCACCUUUGGAGUCUUUCAUCUCAGAGUUAGGGAUAAAAGUUAGAGAAACCCUCGAAAAUCCUCAUAUUGUUGGUGAUAAACAGGUUCGGGUGGCCAUUCUUAAGAAAGGUCCAGAUGGUUGUGAAUUGAACUCAUCUUUCAAUACUCGAAACAAUCCAAAUUAUUUAUCAUCAUUGGGACGCACAUUAGUGAACUUAAGUUAUGUUAUUCCUGAUGGUGUUUUGGUAUUUUUUCCAUCGUAUGGUUUUAUGAAAAUCUGUCAAGAAAGUUGGCAGCUGAGCGGGGUUUGGUCUCAAAUUGAAAAAAAUAAGCCAAUAUUUGUGGAACCCCGUACAAAAAAUGAAUUAAGUGAAAUUAUGGAUGGUUAUUACAGCAAAAUUCAAGAUCCUGCCACUAGAGGAGCCUGCUUUAUGGCUGUUACAAGAGGAAAAGUUUCUGAAGGUUUAGAUUUUGCAGAUUUUAAUGGUCGAGCUGUGGUUAUUACAGGGUUGCCAUAUCCACCUUUUAAGGAUCCUCGAGUCGAACUGAAGAAGAAGUAUCUCAAUGAAAUACAGCAGAGUGGUAAAAAGACUAUAAGUGGAAUGCAAUGGUAUAUGUUAGAAGCUACCAAAGCUGUCAACCAGGCAGUUGGCAGAGUUAUUCGUCAUUCAACUGAUUAUGGACUUAUCUUGUUAUGUGAUGCUCGAUUUGAUAGUCCAUCUAUUACUGGUCAGUUGUCAUCUUGGUUACGGACCCGAAUAAAAAGAUACACAGAAUUUGGACCUUUAGUGAAGACAAUUCGUGAAUUUUUUCGAACUGCCGAGAAAGAGUUACCUGCCCCUAAAGGGAAGCCACCUCCAUCUUCAAGUAUUUCAUUUCCUAGUUUCUCUGGGCCUGGAACGUUUGAUGUUGUUACAUCCGGGCAGAAAAGAACUUAUUCACAGACAAAAGACAAUGAUACAUCCAUGAGUUGGUCACGUGAAGAUUACUUAAAACCUGAUGACAAAAAUGAAACUGCAGAAAGCACUAUAGGAUCAUCGGAGCAGAGUUCUGUAGGAGUCUUAGGCGCUUUAGAGAAGCCUACGACAAUUAUUGAUUUCAAUGAAACUUUUGUUCCAUCACCCAGUACAACAAAAUCCUCUUCCAGUGCAAUAAGCAGUAGUGAACAACAACAGCAGCAGCAGCAGAAGAAACGGAAAUUGAAGAUUGUUCCUUUGAAAUUUUUUAAUCCAGAUUCACAAAGUAGUUGUGCUUCAACUUCAGGAUUAUCUGAAACAUCAGCCAAACCAAAGGAAUCACUGGAGUCUAUUACUGAUUAUGUUAAACAAGUGAGAAAUAAGUUGGGCAAUGAUGCUUGUUCAAAACUUAAAAUUGCCUGUUCUGAUUAUAAAAAGAACGGUAAUUUAAAGGAUUUGCAUUUGGCUCUAAAAGCCAUAUUUCAUUCAGAGUCCUCUCACUCACUUCUAAAAGGAUAUGAACGUUUUGUUAAACGUGAACAUCGAGAACAAUUCAGAGAACUUAUUGCUUUAGAUGAAAUUCUUGGUGCUACUUGAAAACAAGAUAAAUUUCCAUCUUCAAGCAAAGAUAUUAAUGCAAUUGUUUAUCCAUAGUAAUGUAACUUCACAUGUCCCUAAAAGUUUUAUCCUGUGAUAUAAUAUGUUAUCCUGUGAUUCUUUUUUAUAACUUCAAUAAUAAAAAUGAAUAUUUGAUUCAAAAGGAAUCCUGGUAAAUUUCUUGUCCUAGAAAUGCAUGGGUGGGGUGUGAAAUUCUAAAGAGACUAUAAGAAAGCGAUUCCCUACAGAGGAUCGCAAGAUUGAUACAGUAACAUACACAUCUGAAGAUCACAUUAAGAAUUGGGGAAUGGGAACAGAGAGAGGAUUGUCUAAUAGGGCUAUCUCCAAAGUUACUUCGUAACUUUCUUGUAAAUGUAGUUUAGAGAAAGUUGUGUAAUUAACAUAUAAUUGAUGGAUGCGUAA